AGAGCCAAAGAUCUGUGUCCAAUCACAGCUGAUCGCAUAAGUGCCACCUGUCAGUGCCCAUCAAUGCCACAUGCCAGUGCCCAUCAGUGCCACAUCAAUGCCACAUAUCAGUGCCUACCAGUGCACAUCAAUGUCACAUAUCAGUGCCCAUCUGAGCUGCCUUUCAGUGUCACCUAUCAGUGGCAGUUAGUGCCACCUAUCAAUGCCAGUCAGUGCCACCUAUCAGCGCUACCAAUCAGUGCCACCUAUCAGUGCCAGUCAGUGCCGCCUAUCAGUGCCAGUCAGUGCCGCCCAUUAGUGCCGCCUAACAGUGUCGGUCAGUGCCACCUAACAGUGCCAGUCAGUGCCGUCCAUCAGUGCCAGUCAGUGCCACCUAUCAGUGCCAUAUAUGAGUGCUGCCUCCCAGUGCCCAUCAGUGAUGCCUGUCAAUGCCCAUCAGUGCCACCUACUAGUGCCUCUUCAUCAGUG